AUUAAUAAUAAUAAUAAAAAAAAGAUAUAUUGUUCUCGUUUUUGGCAAGAAACAUUAGCGUUAGCUUCCGAAAAAAAGAAAAAGAAAAAGUAACAUUAGUGUUAUUAUCGUUGUUAAUUUUUAUCAGCUUGGUUGAUUUGUCAGAGAAACUGUCUGUGCACUUGUCCUCGAAUGCCUUCUCUCAACCAUAAAGCGUUUCUUCUCUCUUCGCCACCUCCUUUAGACCUUUGUCUUCUUCACAGUCCUCAAGUAAACUGCUCUCCUCCUUUAAAACUUAGCUCACUCUAAAACUUCGCUCUGUUUUUUUUUUUUUUUCUUUUUUCAUUUUUCUAAUUCUGAGUGAGAAGGUUUAGGUUCGUUGAUCAAGAAUCUAGGGCUUGGGGAGAGAAGGAAGAAGAUGGGAACCUCACGCCGACAGUUGAAAACGAUGCUUCGAAAGAACUGGCUCCUCAAGAUUCGUCAUCCUUUUGAUACUUGUGCCGAGGUUUUACUUCCUACUGUUAUAAUGCUGAUGUUAAUUGCUGUCAGGACACGAGUUGAUACGCGUAUCCACCCGGCUCAACCUUAUAUUCGAAAAGGGAUGUUUGUGGAAGUGGGCAAAGGUGAUACUUCCCCUACAUUCAAUCGAGUUUUGGAAUUAUUGUCAGCCAAGCAUGAGUAUUUAGCUUUUGCACCGGAUACAAUGGAAACAAGGAUGAUGAUCAACUUACUUUCCACUAAAUUUCCUCUAUUGAAGUUGGUUACUAUAAUUUACAAAGAUGAAUUAGAGCUUGAAACUUACAUACGCUCAGAUCUUUAUGGUGCUGGCAAUCAAGUCAAAAAUUGUUCAAAUCCCAAAAUCAAAGGAGCAAUAGUAUUUCAUGAUCAAGGUCCUCAGAUAUUUGACUAUAGCAUACGCCUCAACCACUCUUGGGCUUUCUCAGGAUUUCCUGAUGUUAAAACUAUCAUGGACGUGAAUGGCCCUUAUCUCAAUGACUUGGAAUUGGGUGUUAAUACUGUGCCAAUUUUGCAGUACAGCUACAGUGGAUUUCUGACUCUCCAACAAGUUGUGGAUUCAUUCAUAAUAUAUGCUGCACAAGAAACUGUAUCUAAGUUAGUGAAUGAAGAUGUUGAGCCACCUUUCCGGCACUCGCAUACUGCACCUUCUCCACUCAAGAUACCAUGGAAGCAUUUCAGUCCUUCAAACAUAAGAAUAGCUCACUUUCCAACUCGGGAAUAUACUGACGAUGAGUUCCAGUCCAUCAUUAAGACUGUCAUGGGGGUGCUGUAUCUGCUGGGGUUUCUCUAUCCAAUCUCUCGCUUGAUCAGCUAUUCUGUGUUCGAGAAGGAGCAGAAAAUAAAAGAGGGUCUGUACAUGAUGGGUCUAAAAGAUGAGAUAUUCUAUUUUUCUUGGUUUAUCACAUACGCUUUGCAGUUCGCAAUUUCUUCCGGAAUCAUCACUGUUUGCACGAUUGGUACCCUUUUCAAGUAUAGUGAUAAGUCAGUGGUGUUCAUGUACUUCUUUCUGUUUGGACUCAGCGCAAUAAUGCUGUCGUUUCUGAUUUCUACAUUCUUCACACGAGCAAAAACAGCUGUGGCAGUUGGCACCCUUUCUUUUCUUGGGGCCUUCUUUCCUUAUUACACUGUCAAUGACCAGGCUGUCCCCAUGAUGUUGAAAAUUAUUGCUUCUUUGCUUUCACCGACGGCCUUUGCUCUAGGGUCAAUUAACUUCGCUGACUAUGAGCGUGCUCAUGUUGGACUCCGGUGGAGCAACAUAUGGCAGGCAUCAUCUGGAGUGAAUUUUUUGGUCUGUCUCCUGAUGAUGGUGCUCGACACAAUAUUAUACUGCGCAAUUGGCCUUUACCUAGAUAAGGUCCUCCCCAAAGAGAAUGGAGUGCAGCACAAAUGGAACUUCAUAUUUCAAAAGUGGUUUUGGAGGAAAAAAAUUAGUGGAAAAAAGGAUGCUUCUGGCUCAGAAGUCAAAAUCAAUCAUAAGCAUUCCAAUGAAAAACCCGACUUCUUUAGAAAGGAAUUUUCUGAACCUGUUGUGGAAGCAAUAAGCUUAGACAUGAAACAACAAGAGCUUGACGGCAGAUGCAUCCAGAUUAGAGAUUUGCACAAGGUUUAUACAACUCAUAAGGGGAAGUGUUCUGCUGUCAAAUCUUUACAACUCACCCUCUAUGAGAAUCAGAUAUUUGCACUUCUAGGACACAAUGGAGCUGGCAAAAGCACGACAAUUUCUAUGCUUGUUGGGCUUCUACCUCCUACUUCAGGGGAUGCUUUGGUUUUCGGGAAGAAUAUUCUAACUGACAUGGAUGUGAUAAGAAAAGGAUUGGGGGUGUGCCCUCAGAAUGAUAUUCUUUUUCCGGAGUUAACUGUGAAGGAGCAUUUGGUAAUAUUUGCUAAUCUGAAGGGUGUGCAAGAAGAAUCUCUGGAAAUUGCUGUGACCAAAAUGAUUGACGAAGUGGGUUUGGCAGAUAAAGUUAACACUGCUGUGAGGGCACUUUCGGGAGGCAUGAGAAGGAAGUUGUCCCUUGGAAUUGCACUAAUUGGAAACAGCAAGGUUAUAGUUCUUGAUGAACCUACCAGUGGAAUGGAUCCAUAUUCCAUGCGGUUGACAUGGCAGUUGAUCAAAAAAAUUAAGAAGGGCAGGAUAAUUUUAUUAACAACACACUCAAUGGAUGAGGCUGAAGUGUUAGGAGAUCGGAUCGCUAUCAUGGCUAAUGGUUACUUGAAAUGCUGUGGAAGUUCCCUUUUCUUAAAGCACCAGUAUGGGGUUGGUUACACUCUUACCUUGGUGAAGACUGCUCCUAGUGCAUCUGUUGCUGCUGAUAUUGUUUACCGUCAUAUUCCGUCAGCAACAUGUGUGAGCGAGGUCGGAACUGAGAUAUCCUUUAAGCUUCCUCUUGCAUCUUCAUCUUCCUUCGAGAGCAUGUUCAGGGAAAUUGAAGGCUGCAUGAGAAGGUCAGGUCAAAUUGCAGAAACUGCAGCUGAUGAGCCCAAACACCAUCUUGGCAUUGAGAGUUAUGGUAUAUCUGUUACGACUCUGGAAGAGGUAUUCCUCAGAGUCGCAGGAUGUGAUUUAAAUGAAGCUGAGUAUCUUCAGGACAGUAAGACUCUAGCAGUACCUGAUUCUUUGGAUUCUCAGGCCUGUCAUAAUUAUGCUCCAAAUAAAAUGCUCCUUUCAAAACUAUGUGGGAAUUAUAAGAAGGUCAUUGGGGUUAUAUUUGCCAUAAUGGAGAGAGCUUGGAGUUUGUUCUUUGCCAUUGUCCUGAAUUUCAUGAACUUUUUAAGUAUGCUGUGCUGUUGCUCUUGUAUAUGUUUAAGGUCAGCAUUCUGGACACAUUCCAAAGCAUUAUUCAUAAAAAGGGCAAUAUCUGCUCGGAGAGACCGGAAAACAAUUGUUUUCCAGCUGUUAAUUCCUGCUGUAUUCUUGCUUUUUGGUCUUCUAUUUCUCAAGCUUAAACCGCAUCCUGAUCAGCAGUCAGUGACCUUCACUACUUCUCAUUUUAAUCCCCUAUUACGUGGUGGUGGUGGUGGUGGUCCAAUUCCUUUUGAUCUGUCCUCGCCUAUCUCAAAAGAGGUUGCACGGUAUGUGGAAGGGGGUUGGAUUCAAAGGUUUAGAAAAAGCACAUAUAAAUUUCCUGAUUCAAAAAAGGCAUUAGCUGAUGCUGUUGAGGCGGCAGGGCCAACUUUGGGUCCACUUCUACUCUCCAUGAGCGAAUAUUUAAUGUCUAGCUUUAACGAGUCCUACCAAUCAAGGUAUGGAGCAGUUGUAAUGGAUGACCAAAAUGAUGAUGGGAGCUUAGGGUACACUGUUUUACACAACAGUUCUUGUCAGCAUGCUGCUCCAACCUAUAUAAAUUUAAUGAAUGCAGCAAUUCUUAAGCUUGCUACUCUAAAUGAAAAUAUGACAAUUCAAACACGUAAUCACCCUUUGCCCAUGACAAAAAGCCAGCGUUUGCAACGACAGGAUUUGGAUGCAUUCUCUGCUGCCGUUGUUGUUAAUAUUGCCUUCUCCUUCAUCCCUGCCUCAUUUGCAGUUGCUAUUGUAAAGGAACGAGAAGUAAAAGCAAAGCACCAGCAGCUUAUUAGUGGGGUAUCGAUAUUGUCGUACUGGGCUUCUACAUACAUAUGGGACUUCAUCAGCUUUUUAUUUCCUUCAUCUUUUGCAAUAAUUCUCUUUUACAUCUUUGGUCUGGAACAGUUUAUUGGAAGGGGUGCCUUCUUGCCCACAAUCCUCAUGUUCUUAGAAUAUGGACUGGCCAUAGCAUCAUCAACAUAUUGCCUCACAUUUUUCUUUUCUGAACACUCCAUGGCACAGAACGUGGUUCUAUUGGUCCACUUUUUCACUGGGCUCAUUCUUAUGGUCAUAUCAUUUAUUAUGGGGCUUAUAAAGACAACUGCAAGUGCAAAUUCUUUUCUCAAGAACUUCUUCAGAUUAUCUCCUGGAUUCUGCUUUGCUGAUGGGCUAGCUUCACUGGCUCUUUUACGGCAAGGGAUGAAGGAUGGAUCUAGUGAUGCAGUUCUUGACUGGAAUGUUACUGGUGCUUCAAUUUGUUACUUGGGUGCCGAGGGUGUUGUCUUUUUCCUUUUAACACUUGGGCUUGAACUCUUGCCUCCUCAGAGAGUAAAUUCAGCUACUCUUAUAGAGUGCUGGGGAAGUAUAAAAAAAUUCUUCCAGAGAAAUUCCAAUAGUUAUUUGGAACCCCUUCUGGAAUCAUUCUCAGAAAAUGUUGCUGUCAACCUUGAUGAUGACAUUGAUGUUCAAAUAGAAAGAAAUAAGGUCCUUUCAGGUUCCGCCGACAAUGCAAUUAUCUACUUGCGUAAUCUUAGGAAGGUGUAUCCUGGAUGGAAGCACCAUGGUACGAAAAUUGCAGUUAAUUCAUUGACUUUCUCAGUUCAUGAAGGAGAGUGUUUUGGCUUUCUGGGAACAAAUGGAGCAGGAAAGACUACGACCCUGUCAAUGCUAUCAGGAGAAGAAUGUCCAAGUGAUGGAACUGCAUUUAUAUUUGGCAAAGAUAUACGUUCAAACCCCAAGGCCAUCCGUCAUCAUAUUGGGUAUUGCCCACAAUUUGAUGCUUUGUUUGAAUUUCUUACUGUCCAAGAGCAUCUUGAGCUUUACGCAAGAAUAAAAGGAGUAUCAGAGUACAGGCUUAAAGACGUUGUGAUGGAAAAGUUAGUGGAGUUUGACUUAACGAAGCAUGCUAAUAAGCAAUCAUUCUCCCUCAGUGGGGGAAACAAGCGCAAGCUAUCUGUUGCAAUAGCAAUGAUUGGAGAUCCUCCCAUAGUCAUUCUUGAUGAGCCAUCCACAGGAAUGGAUCCUAUUGCCAAACGUUUCAUGUGGGAAGUAAUAUCCCGUCUAUCAACCAGAAGAGGAAAAACUGCGGUUAUUCUAACGACUCACAGCAUGAAUGAAGCUCAAGCGCUAUGCACCCGGAUUGGAAUAAUGGUUGGGGGGCGUUUAAGAUGCAUUGGAAGUCCUCAACAUCUCAAAACACGUUUUGGGAAUCAUCUUGAGCUAGAGGUUAAACCAACUGAAGUGAGCUUGACGGAUAUGGAUAACCUGUGCCAAAUAAUUCAUGAAAGGCUCUUUGACUUUCCUUCUCAUCCUAGGAGCUUACUCAGUGACCUUGAAAUUUGCAUUGGGGGCACUGAUUCUAUUGCAUCGGAAAAUGCAUCAGUGGCAGAAAUUAGCUUGUCAGAGGAGAUGAUAGUUACAAUUGGAUGUUGGCUUGGUAAUGAAGAAAGAGUAAGGACACUUGUAUCUUCAAUGAAUGUUUCGGACGGAGUUUUUGGUGAACAAUUGUCAGAGCAGUUGGUUCGCGAUGGUGGUAUCCCAUUGCCCAUAUUUUCUGAGUGGUGGCUAACCAAAGAAAAGUUCUCCGUAAUUGAUUCGUUUAUCCUAUCUUCAUUUCCUGGUGCAACAUUUCAAGGUUGUAAUGGGUUGAGUGUUAAAUAUCAGUUGCCAUAUGGAGAAGACCUCUCGCUUGCUGAUGUUUUUGGGCACCUAGAGCGAAACAGAAAUCUACUCGGCAUAGCAGAAUACAGUGUAAGCCAAUCAACACUAGAGACCAUUUUUAAUCAUUUUGCAGCAAAUUCUUGAGGGUUUAAUCUUACUGUAACAGUUGCCUGAUUCCCUCAAUAUUUUGAUAAGAGGGUUCACUGGGUCAACCUUUUCCAGUUGUUGCUAAAGGUUGACAACCUUUUAAGCUUUUAAAUCAUUUGUAAAUAGCUGAAAGCAACAUGAUUGAUAUAAUGAAAGCUAUAGUAAUCUCGAAAUUUGUAAAUCUGCCUCGAGUCUUCUCAUCAUUAGUAGCUUGAGGUGCAAAUGUUGUGAAAUAUCAGUUCCUUUGAUUUUUUUUUUUCUUGUUCAAAUGUUGUAAUUGCAAUUUUGUCUUUGACCUUGCUGCCACACGUGAAAAGGCAGUUUUUUUAUUUUGAUGUAAUGUUGCACUUGUAGCAAAAAACAAAAAAAUUUGCUGUCCAUCUGUAUUAUUGUUUAUCACGUGGCCUGCUUUGUAACAAUAGGUUUAGACAGCAAAGCUCGUAUUUAAGAAUUAUAGUUCAUGAAGUGUUUUUUAAA